CAAUGUUUCCCUCAACAACACCACCACCACCACCACAACCCCCCUACAUCGACAUCCCCUUCAACAUCUCCAUAGCCCUCCUCCUCCUCCUAUCCUACCACCUAACCCUCCACGCGAAACCCCUCCUCCUAACCCUCGUAGCCCUAACAAGCACAACAAUCCUCCUCUACGACAAAACCUCGACCGCAUCCUCCCUCAUAAAACUCACCUGCGAGCUCCCGCUCGGCCUAGGCUCCGUCCUCAUCUUCCAAACCCUCCCUUACCCCACCCAAAAACGCUACCUGCAGCCCUUCACAACAUACGUGAACCUCGCCGUGUACGGCAACAUCGCCAUGAUGGUUCUCACGCCGACGAGCGGCACGCUCCGCGGCGCCGUCGCACGCCUAACCUGCGCAGCGCUGAGCGUGUGGAUCGUCCUGCAAGGCCGCCGGCGCGUUCCCCGCUGGGAAACAAUCACCCUCCACCCUUCUAUCUUCCUCUUUAAUGCCGUGGAUAAGGAGUGGAUCUUCGCGCACGCCGUGUACCGCUUUAUUCUCCUUACUCUUCCUUGUUUCUCCAACGCGCCACGAUAUCGAUUACUUGAGCUUUUUUCGCUGCUGCUUACGAAGGCGUUUGCGGGGGCUGCUGGGACGAGGUUUGAAGAGGGGUUUGGGAUGGCGGAUACGGUUGUUGUUCCUGUUCUUUCGGGGGGUUCGGCGCUUGUGGAGAUGAUGGGGGUGGAGGGGAAGGGGGUAGGUGGGGCGAAUGAGUUUGGGUGGGAGGCGGAUUUGGGGAUGAGUGUUGUGGUGGGUUGUGUUGGGGGGUUUGUUUGGUAUAGGGUUUGGAAGGAGUUUUUUUAGGGGGUGGGUGGGGGAGGAGGCAUGACAAGAACUUGUUGGAAGUCUUUUUUUUUUUCUGUUGUAUCACAUAUCUAAGAAAUAGCAUCUACAAAAUGUACCUUGACUUCUUAUCCUCUCUUUCCUAUCACACACACGCACGUAUACAAAGAACAGAAAUCACACAUUCCUACAUCUAUCC